ACUUGAAACAGUGCUUGCAAAAACCUAAGUAGGUUAUUAUUAGCCAAAAUGAAGAUAACUGUUAUUUUCAAACUCAGAGUGAAACACUGAUGUAGGAUAUGAGAACAGUAGUACAAACAAGGUGCAGAAGCCAUCCUUUUUGUAAGUCCACAGAAUUUUUAUUUCUGUAGGAACUCCAUGCUCAUUUGAAUGGCUGUAUCAGUUCUGCUACUAUGAAGAAACUCACAGCCCAGAAGCCAAACCUUCAGAUCCAGAAUGGAAUGACUGUGAUUGACAAAGGAAAGAAAAGAACCUUAGAUGAAUGUUUUCAGAUGUUUCAGAUCAUCUAUCAGGUUACCACAAGGACUGAAGAUAUUUUACUGAUAACUAAAGAUGUCAUUAAAGAAUUUGCUGAUGAUGGUGUCAAGUAUCUGGAAUUGAGAAGCACUCCAAGAGAAGAAAAUUCCACAGGUAUGACCAAAAGGAUGUAUGUUGAAACUAUACUUGAGGGUAUAAAGCAGUGUCAAGAAGAAGGCUUGGAUAUAGAUGUAAGGCUGUUAAUAGCAAUAAACAGAAGAGAUGGCCCAGAAGUUGCUAAGCAGACUGUUAAACUUGCUGAAGAGUUCCUACUUUCCAGUGAUGGGGUUGUAGUAGGACUUGACCUCAGUGGGGAUCCCACUGCAGGACAUGGUCAAGAUUUUUUGGAACCACUCUCAGAAGCAAAAAAAGCAGGUCUAAAGCUGGCACUGCAUCUUUCUGAGAUUCCAAAUCAAGAAGAGGAGACCAAGAUUCUCCUGGGCCUGCCUCCUGACAGAAUUGGACAUGGAACAUUUCUCAAUUCUACAGCAGCAGGUUCUGAAGAGAUAGUGUCACUGGUUCAGCAGAAUCGUAUACCUAUUGAAUUUUGCAUGACAUCAAACAUAAAAUCUCAGACAGUGCCUUCCUGUGACAAACACCAUUUUGGAUACUGGUACAACAUGGGCCAUCCUGCAGUGCUUUGUACUGAUGAUAAAGGCGUCUUUGCAACUGAUCUAUCGCAAGAAUAUGAGCUGGUUGCAAAAACAUUUAAUCUGACUCAGUCACAGAUGUGGGAUCUUUCCUACGAAUCAAUCAACUAUAUUUUUGCUUCAAAUGCAGUAAAAUCCAAGCUAAGGGAACAGUGGUGUAAGCUGAAGCCAGCUCUCUUUGAUUAAUCAAACUGUUGUCCUAAAUAGCUCUGUUGUAUUAGCUGAGUUAGUAAGAUUUUUUUAAAUGAAGUCCCUGGCUUUUUUCAGACCUCAGGGUUUUAAAUCCAGCUGUAAACUGCCUGUGCAAAAUUAAGGCAACUGGAAUGCAUCCCUUGUUACUGGGGACAGAAGUAAAUUUCUUUUGGUAGUUGGGAAGGGCUGUCAACUAGUGACUAAAAUGCCAAAUGUGUUGUCACCUUGUUUCUCUUGAGCUGAUAGGGCAUUUUAAAAAACGCCAAGUUAAAAGAUGUUGUCAUAAUAUAAACAUUUGAGAGCUGGAACAAAAUGAAGGCAGAGCUACUGGUGUUUAAAUCAUCUCUGGUGUCAGCAGUCUGCCAAGCAGUUUGAACGUGUGGUGUGUAUUUUUGGGGUUUGUAUUAUUUUCAGGUUUUGAGCUGUUGAUUUUUUGAAUGUGAAGACAGAAACAAACUCAGGGAGAACAAAAUAUUUAUCCCAAGGAAUUAAUAUUGUAUCUGGCUAUAUUGUUGUACAUAUAUGACUGAAGCUGUGUGGAUUGAGUAGCACGUGAGGAUCUCUGCUAGUGCUCUGGGCACUGGUGGUUUGUAGGCACUUAAAAAUCUUGGAUGCCUUCAGUAACUGAGCUACUUGGCAAAGUGGUCUCAUUCUUAAGAUGCUUUUUAGAAUUGCUGUUUGUUGUGUAAAAAAAGCAAUAAAAAUAGCCUCAAGCUCCAUG